CCCCCUGGGAUGGGCAGAGUAUCAUCCCACUGUUGGGACAGAAUUCCAAUUGUGUAUGCAUCAUGAAUUCUAGACAAUGGAGAAAGGAAGAAUGCCCAAGUCGGGAAAGAUGGUUUGGCCGAGGUAUUCAUGGUGAAAUAGUUGCACUAGAAUGUCUAUGGUUGGUAUUUUACCAUAGUAACUGAUCUCAAAUCUCUGCUGGGCCUCUUCAGGAAGACCAAAGCCAUUGCUCCCAUCUCAUCAGCUGGGAUCCAACACUGGGCACUGCUAUUAGGUGCCUAUGAAUGUACUGCGGAACGUAAUCCAGGGAGAGAGGCAGAGCCAAAAUGAAUACCUCGAGCCAGUCGCCACUACCCAUCAGCCUACCUUCACCCCGGAAGAUGGAUGAAGUCUUCAUGACUUUGAACUUCAUGGACACUCUCUGCCAGAAUGUGCCAAACAAAUCCAGGCUUGGAGCCAAAAGAACCCUGCGUUGGCAAAGCUAUGCCAUAUGCUAAACAGUGGAUCACAAGGAUGCCCUACAGAAGAGUUGAAACCAUGUAUCUCAGAAUAUCAGGGGUUGAACCGAGAGGAUUAUCUUGUGGGGAACCAGGGUGUCUGUCUCAUGUCCAGGCCAGCGACUAGUACUUCAAAAACAUGCACAAUGGCCGCCCAGGAAUUUCUAAAGUCAAAAUGCUCGCAGGAGCUAUGUUCGGUCGCCUGACAUAGACACAGACAUUGAAAACCUGGCUAAUUGGUGCAAAACUUACCAGGAAAACCAGAACCCCCCCCCACCAUCAGCUUCACUGCAGCCAUCGGACUGGCUGUGGAGACCCUGGGGGCGAGUACGUGCAGAUUUUGCACAGCUAUUUAUGGGCUCUAUGUUCUGAAUCCUUAUCAGUACCCAUUCAAAAUGGACUGAUGUGCACUGAAUGGCCUCUACUAACUCUUACAAGAUCGUAGGAAAGCUCCACCAAUCCUUUGGUAUACAUGAUAUACUGAGGUCAUUGUAACAGACAAUGGCACUUCAUUUGCCAGUGGGGAGUUUCAGACCUUUAUGAAGACAAACGAGGUAAGUCACAUCCACACGGCAUCUCCAAAUGGUCCAGUUGUGCAAAAAUAGCAUGAGAAAGCAACCUACAGGGUCUUUGGGAAUGAAACUUGGACAUUCCCACUUCAACUUCAGGACAAAGCCACAUAUGACGACAGGAAUCGUCCCGGAGAAUCACGGACGGACUGACACCUUUGGACUAGGCUUAGCCGGACUUCCCCAGACUUGGGGUGGGGGGGUAAGUUUGAAUUAAAUUGAGAAGCCUGAAGAAAGGGGCAAAACCAGGCAGAGAUUUUAAACUGGGAGAUACGGUCCACAUGAGAGUGAUGGCUUUCAAUGGAUUCUGAGAGUUAUCCUUAAAAAAAAAAAAAAUGGGACUGGUAUCAUGCAUGGUUAAUACUGGGAGAAGACUACACGGAAAAAACCGUCAACAACCGCAGACAGGAGGAACCCUCCAUGGAGAUGAUUGUUUUGACAGACACACCACCAUUGGCAUUCUUCACAACAACUUGCUGAUGGGAAGCUCCACCCAAUGAAAGCUCAAGAGCCAUCCUCAGGACUACAAUGGCUCGGUCUUGGAGAUGGAGACAGAGACGGUGGAAGAUCAGUCGGGGUUCAUCACCAGGGCUGAGCUCCCUGCAGUGGCUUUUCGGUAGUCUUCACAGAAGCGACAUUCACCUACCUUUUAUUAUGUAGCCCCUAACCAGACCCAGAAAGCAACAGGAAUGGGCCCAAGGGCAAAACAACGCAAGAGGCCUCAUUGUCACAGGAGAAAGGUGGAGCCCUCAGACUCGGAUAAUCCCCUGCAAGGCCCAUGGUGAAUCACUGACUAACCUCCUUGUUGAGUAUGAGUUGCCUUGGUAACAGGCAAUGGCCUGCCCUGCUGGAACUCAUCACCUGAGCCCUAGAUAAAGCAGACUCCGCGAUGGGUCUACAGAACUGUUUGGAGUGGCUCUAUUUUGGUCCCAUGCUCUACUCGUUUUAAGGAUUGGUUUUGGAUUUGAAGGUGAAGUUGCCAUGGUCCUAGAUUCCUGGAUAACUGGUGGUGGUUUAACCUGAAGGUACCAUGGUGACCUCAGUCUGUAUAAGAAUUGAAUUUGGCAUCACUCUGCAUCAUGAACCAGCUGCCCAGCUAACAGACCCCUUUACAUUAAAAAACCUUAAGUAAUAGGAACAAGAGUGGUCCUUUUGAGACUGCUGCUUCAUGGAAUACAAUUGUGGCCUGAUCCUUCAUCACAAACCCACUUGCUUGACUGUUCACCGCAUGCCUGGAUUCCUUUAAGAGCAAAAGUCCAUCGAUCUGAGUGUUGACUGUAUUCACUGGACUGAGCAUUCACAGCAAAUUCCAAAUACUUGCUGCAGGAGAUUAAACUGAAGAGCCUCCUCAACAAGUGAAGCUAACAGGAAACAAACCGCAGUUGUGGUGUAGAUCAUCCUUUCUGGAAAGAAAUAACGUUUCAGCUUCCAGAUUCCAUUUCGUUGGAGCCAUAACAAACCAGAAAUGUUGAGUCCCGACGAUGACGAUCGUUCAGACCAGAAGCUGCACCAGAGGGAGGAUGUGAUUACUCAGCAGAACACUCUCCAGAACGAGUCCAUCACAUCUGAUCCAAACAGCCCAUACAUCGAAACACCAAGAACUACAAGCCGAUGGAAAAGCACCACGAAUGCUCCUGAAGAAGACAUCACCGCGUAUUCAUCUAGCAGCAGAUAUUCUGGCCGAGUGGAGAGGCCUGGCUUUAAUCGCUAUGGAAACGCUUCAAGUUCCACCUUCAGCAAUACAUUAGAGAAGAAAUUGGAAGAACUUGAAAAGGAUCUUGCCAAGGAGCGACAAGAGAAUCAGAAACUAAUCAAACUGCUACAGGACAGGGAUGACCUGAUUGGGAAACUGAAGGAAGAAAUUGAUCUACUUAACAGAGAUUUGGAUGAAAUUGAAGAUGAAAAUGACCAACUAAAGCAAGAAAACAAGACCUUGUUGAAAGUUGUUGGCCAGUUGACUAGGUAGAAGAUGCUGUGCCUGAUACACAGAAGCCUGACUGAUAACUUGCACAUUUUUACAAAUCUGGAGUUAGCUUUCAAUAAACAAGUAAAGACUGAAGAGAAAUCAUUCCAAGCUCUCACUGUUCUCUCCUGAGAAUGCAACACACCUUCUGUUAGAACUGCAUUGUGUGUAAACGUUUUGUGUCAGUAGCUGGCUUGUCUGUUGUUUUUCAAUAGCAACUGUUGGAAUUUUUAUUUCUUAAUUAUUUCCUUACACUAUCUCUAAAAACUUGUUCAAAAGAACUAUUUGCAAGGAGGUCACCGGUUUAAGUUAUGGCAACAGUUUUGUUAUCUAUAUGAUGCAGCAUCAGCUCAUUCUUGUGUUCUCUCUAGUUAUUUCUGCAUUCAAAAUUCACAUGCUGAAGUUGGAAGAAAGGUAUGCGUGCUUUACGUAUAAUUUAAACAAGGUUUAGAAAGACAUAAUCUUAUGACUGGUAAUCAUACGAGGAACUUUCCCAUUUAAAUUCUGAACAAAACGCUCAGACUUCCAUGUACAUUGUUAACAUGUCUAAUGAUUUUUCUUGCCCAUGUAUUCAAAAUGUUGGUGAAACGAUGUGUUGCUUGGCAAUUGCACGAAGAAAAUGAUCACAGUAUUUUAAUGCAUUACAUUCACACUACAUUACAGGAGGAGAUGUGAGGCUGGAUCAUAUAGAGUUUACAAGCAAUUGAGGGAGUCAGGGCAUUAACCUGGAAUGGCUGGGUGUAAGAAUUGCUAAAGGAAUUAAUAUCGCUCUCUUCUUUCUCAUUCUGUCCCACACCUCGGUUGGUUCUUGUAAAUAAAAGCAAGACAGUGCAGGUGCUGGAAAUCACAGAGAAUGCUGAACAUACUCAGCAGGUGUGGUAGCAUCUAUGGAGAAACAAACUGAGUUAACGUUUUGGGCCCAGUGGCCAUUCUUAAGAAGUCUUAUCAGACUUGAAACAUUAAAUCUGCCAAACCUGCUGAAUUUCUCCAGAAUUCUUUGUGUUAGUUUCAAGUGGCUCCUGGGUAAGGGCCAAGUGUAACUCUGUAUUUACAAUUCAUAUAGUAAUAAUGGUUUUACUCAAGAACUAUUCAAUAAAAUGGGUCAGAAAACUGACUGUAGCUUUGGUUCAAAGUGGAACCACACCCACAUGUUCCCCUGUGCUGGAAUGGUCGUAGCAAAGACAGUGUUUAAGUCUUUAAAAUUACUUCUCGUAUCUUUGUGUUUUGAGUAUCACUGCGUUCUGCCCUUCACUAUAUUCAGUUAUCACAGUUUCUUUAUGGCUGCUUGAAUUUUUUUUUUCCCUAAUGGAAUAAAUUACAUUCCAAAUUCAUGAAGUUAACUUUCCUUAAUAUACAAACAACCACAAAUAAGAUUCAGCUUUUUAUUUUGCAGCACAAUGUACAUUAAACAAUAAUAAAAAAAUUCUUGGAAUUGAAUCCACUUUUUUGAAUGUGUGGACCAUUGUCAGACUAGAACAAAUGAUCAUUUAAUCUCUCGCAGAGAGAAACAAAAGAUGUUCUUUUAAAAAUAAAGGUUUUCAGUUUCAAAGUUAUUUCAAUAUUAAAAGCCUGGAGCUUUUAUGUUUGACAGAACCUAGAAUGUAAAUAAAUGGAUGAGUGUGACUUUUGACUACUACUGGGGCUAAUUCCUAAAGCUUUGGACAUAUUGUUUUCCCUUUUGAGAUUAGACUAGUGCAUCAGAAAGGACAAUACAUUAUAAUCUGUUCAUGCUAUUGCAGAUAAAUUUACACAAAAUAAAAUCUGGAGCACACCACGUUUACAACUUG